AUGGCUCCAUGUCGAAGGAUGGUUCUGCUCUGUCUUGUUCUGUUCCUAGCGGCGAGUAGCUCUUCUGUGGCCGCCACAAGAAUUGGAGCCACCGUGGAGAUGAAGGAUAUGAAGAGCUUAGGGUUUAAAGACACCGUUAUUUCUGGUUACUUGCCCAAGGGUAUUCCCAUUCCUCCUUCUGCCCCUUCGAAGAGACACAACUCUCUUGUUGACUCUCUUCCUCAUUGAUUUUUCAUUUUUGUUUGUUUGUUUGUUUAUUCAAUGUAUUUUUGGGGUUUUGUUUUGUUGUUUAGAACAACAUAGAUACAUAUAGGUUUUGUUUAUACUAUUUGUUUAUGCUUGCAUACGUCUAUAUAUAUUAUUGAUUCGUUCAUAUGAUUAUGAACUAAUAUAUGUUAAGUUCAUG